AUGGAGAUAGUCAAUAGUGUUACAUUGGCAAUCAAGAAAAAACGCUUUUCGAAAGAUGGAUUUUUGCCUCGGUCAGCAAGCGAGAUAUUCAAAAAGGGAUGGCAUGGCGUACUGGCCUUUCUGGACAUCAAAAAGCGAGCUGUAUCGCGGGAGUUGAAAACCUGCAUCCACCAACUUCGUGGUGACUGCCUCAAGUGCGGAGGACGGCAGUCUUUGAGUAUUCCCAGUCAGUCAAUUGCAUCGCUGAUCGCCAUGGGGGCUGUCGUUUCGAUUGGAGGAUUAGCUCAGACUGUCGCCUGGUCUUCAGUGCCUGAUGAUGGGGAUGAUGUUGGAGUCUAUCAUGGCAGUGUGGCCUUCGAUGGCCGCACGGGGCCGGUGACUGUCUCCCUGCUCCGCGACAACAAAAUUGUGCACAUUCUGCCUCCUUUCGGACCUACGCCGACGAGCUCGACAAUCACUAUCACUCCGCCUCCGUAUCCUUGGUCUCAGACUUCGAAGGACACCAAUCUCAAUACAAGAAGCACGAGCUGGUCCUCUGGCCCGCCUAAAGAGACUACCACCAAGGGUGGCAAGGGCGCAGCGACGGUGGAGGUAGUGAUAGCGGUAGUGACUCCGACGAGGAGGAAUGCAGCACUCGGACGGCGGAAAUCUGCUCGACGGUCUGCGUUGCCGGGUCCGGGGGCAGUUGUGAUUGGGAUUGCUCGACGACGACUGGGUGCUCGGUGA